ACGAGAGGGGGGCUGACAGAAGGGAUACCGCAAACGAAAUAACGGCACAGACGGACGCACUCUAAACACUGUCAGUCAUGGCUGUGAACGUGUAUUCCACCUCUGUGACCAACGAGAACCUGAGCCGCCAUGACAUGCUGGCCUGGGUCAACGAUUCUAUACAGCUCACCUACACCAAGAUAGAGCAGAUGUGUUCAGGGGCGGCCUACUGCCAGUUCAUGGACAUGCUCUUCCCAGGCUGCAUACUGCUGAAGAAGGUGAAGUUUCAGGCCAAGCUGGAGCACGAGUUCAUACACAACUUCAAAGUGCUGCAGGCCGCCUUCAAGAGGAUGAACGUUGACAAAAUCAUUCCAGUGGAGAGGCUCGUGAAGGGCAAAUUCCAGGACAACUUUGAGUUCGUUCAAUGGUUCAAGAAGUUCUUCGACGCCAACUACGACGGCAAAGACUACGAUCCGAUGCAGGCGCGGCAGGGCCAGGAUGUGAACCCAGCCCCCAACCCAGGACCACAGAGAACAUCCCCAACAGUCCCCAAGAACAUGCCCACACCACAGAGGGUGACCACCACCAUCAGGAAGAACCCCUCCCUCUCACGGAACGGCGGCAGCGACGCGGAGAUGGUGGAGCUCAAUCAGCAGUUAAUGGAGCUGAAGCUGACGGUGGACGGACUUGAAAAGGAGAGAGACUUCUACUUCAGUAAACUGAGGGACAUUGAGCUAAUCUGCCAAGAACACGAGAGUGACACCAACCCAGUCCUGUCCCGAAUAAUAGACAUCCUCUAUGCCACAGAGGACGGCUUCGCACCUCCAGAAGAUGAAGACCUUGACGAGCAGGCCCAUCUGGACCAGGAUGAAUACUGAUCCCUCCAUCAUAUGGACCCACCCCUCUCUUUUACUCCUCUUUCAAAUCCCCCCAUCCUUCCUUCCUUCCCCUCUGCACGCAACUAUGAUCUUCUGUGUUCCCCUUGUAUCAGUCAUACUGUCUGUCUGUCUGCUUGUCUGUCUGUUUGUCUGUCUGUCUGUCUGACUGUCUGUCUGUCUGACACCCACCUUGCCACACGGACUAACAUCAGACGGCGCCCCCCACAGGCACGGAGACCGUAGCAAACAGCAGUUAACAUAUCUUAGACUCUUCUCU